AUGAAAUCAUUUCCGUAUAUGAGUGGUCUAAAUCAAGAUGAAAACUUUCGUUCAACAUCUUCAACUAUAGUGGUACCUGCAUCCAAAAAGCAAACUUACCGCCAGCCACCUCCAAACGAUAAAUUUACUCGUUGUCUGUUACAUGCCGAGAAAGCUUUUAACAAACUCUCCUUACCCUGGUUUCUUGCCUUUGGUAGCGCACUAAUGUAUCAUCGCUCGAAUAAUUUCAUUUCCGAUGAUAUUGCUAUCGGUAUUUUUUAUAAUUAUUUGAAUGCAACGUGUCCCUCGUCGAAGCAAUUGAUCCCUACUUUGCGAACAUUCCGUUUUCGGUCAUUCUUUACGUAUGGCCAACUAAAUCAUGGUCAACAAUGGACAUUUCGAUGUCCGAGUUCGAAAGUUCAUUUCGAAAUAUUCAUUUUCUAUGAAGCCAACUUAAAACAACGAACAACGCAAGCGUGUGAAUGCCUUACCAAAAAUGUCGAUGAGACUUUUCUCGGAUUCAAUUAG